AACGCAAACAUGUGCCCUGACUACUUCGGCGAGGCCACGCCCCCUGACGUCAUAUUGAAACUGGCCGUACAGGUUGUACUGAGAGACAAGUGCCGAGAAACAGGGCAGGAGACAAGAUGGCAGAAGCGGCGGUGCCAGCCGAUCUCUUCACCGAGCAGGAACUUACCUGCUCCAUCUGUCUGGACCUUUUCACUGAUCCCGUCUCCACGCCGUGCGGGCACAACUUCUGCCAGGCAUGCAUCGGCGGCUACUGGGCCUCAACGGCUGUGUGUACUUGUCCUCUGUGCAAGAACCCCUUCGAAGAGCGUCCUCAGCUGAGCAUCAACAGGGUUUUUGCCGUCAUUACUGAGAAUUACAAAGCGGCCCGCUAUGGUGCGGCCGCCCCCGCCGUCGCGCCGCCAAACGAGGGCGGGCCCUCGGCGAUGAUCUACAGCGAAGACAAGGUUUGGUGCGACGUGUGCACGGGGGUCAAGCAGCCGGCCGUCACCUCGUGCCUGACGUGCACGGCGGCCUACUGUGAGGAACAUGUCAAGCCGCAUCACCGCAACCCAUUCUACGCCAAACACCCGCUCAUGGACCCGCUGGAGGCGCUAAAGGGGCGCACCUGUGCGCAACACCGCCGCUUCAUGGAGGUGUUCUGUCGCACAUGUGACCGUUGCAUUUGCGCCAUCUGCGUGCUGGAAGAACAUCGAACUCACCAAACGGUUUCGGUCCAAACUGAAAGACUCGGCAAACAGAAGCACAUGGCGAGGACGGAGCAGGAGAUCUUAAAUCGCAUCAAGGACAAGGCGAUGAUCCUAAGUGAGCUCAAGACCAAACUGGACGGCGUAAAGGCACACGGGGAGCGGGAGAGCGGCCAAUUGGAGGCGCUGCUAAAUGACGCGGCGGCCUCAGUUGAAAGUCUUCGCGCUCAGAUGCUGGGUGGAGUUAGGCAGCAGAUAGAGGCGGUGCUUGCCCGGGGGGAGGGGCCAGCCAGACAGUUGGAGGUGGAGCUCCGGGAGUUGACGGACAGAAGGGCCCGGCUUGAGGAGCAGGCUGUCAGUCAGGACCACAUCGGAUUCCUACAGAGUUUCUCUGAGGCUGCGGCGCUUCCUCCGCCAGGCUCGGACCAUCCUGUAGACUUGGACGAGCUGGACCUCAACCUUUACUUUAACCUGGGUGGAGUCAAGGCGGCACUGGCAGAAGUCCGGGACAGGAUCGAAGACGUUAGGACGGGCGGCGGCGGUGGUGGCUCCAGAGGAUCCCUAGCCUCCGGUAGUCCCAGGUUUAUGAAUGAGUUCCGUGACAGGACAGAAGAUGUUAGGACGGGCGGCGGUGGUGGCGCCAGAGGAUCCCUAACCUCCGUGUCGUCGGGUGAACAGAUGAUGGCGGCGGAGAGCAUGGUCAGCUUGAGAGGAAGCACCAAUAGCCUGAGGGGAAACCAGUGGGGCCGCAGAGAAAUGAAAAAGUUGAAGCCAGUUUCUGGUCACAAGAAGGCUCGCGUGUACAUGGAGGACGUGACUAUGAACCCGAUGACGGCGUAUCCUUUCCUCAUCCUGUCAGACGACCGCAAGUGGGUCAAGCGCGGCGAAAAGUUGCAGCAUUAUCGCAACAGUCCGCAACGAUACGACGUGUGGUCGUGUGUCAUCGCCAAGGAAGGUUACGCCACCGGACGACACUACUGGGAGGUGGUUGUGGGUGAGAACAAGGACUGGAAGUUGGGCGUGGCGACUGAGUCGGCACAGAAGAAAGGCCUAUUCGACAUGAGCCCGGCCAACGGCUAUUUCGCCCUCUGGUGGAGCAGCGGCCAAUUACGAGCUCUCACCGCGCCGCCACUCACUAAGGUGAAGACGCCGCUCAGGCUACGGCAAGUGGGCAUCUUCCUGGAAGUGGAAACAGGCCAAGUGUCCUUCUACAACACUAAAACGAGUAGUGAGAUAUUUAGUUUCCACUGCGGCGGAUUCACCGAGCAAAUGUUCCCGCUGUUUGGCACCGGAGACAAGGAAAUUCCGCUCGUCAUCCACACCUGAAGCCUGGCUCGGAAAACGUCAUUGUGAUUGGCUGAGACCCCAACACCGUGUGCUGGGGAUAUGUUUUCCAGAAGUGGAUACGAAAAGUUGCUAAAAUCUCAAAGAAAAAUCCCUUUGUCGUGAGCCGUAAAUGAAUGCCGACAGUCGUUGCGCAAAUGAUACUGGAAGAACAUCAUCGGAAAUGUCAUCGCAGGGAACUCGAAAUGUUCCUACGCAACUGAUUGAAAUGAAGUCGGUGGGUGGGUCUUCGUAUUUUUUUUUUUACCCUCUUGUGUUUUCUUGGAACUCUUUCACUGCUAUUAACAGCAACAGACGUCAUUGAAAGCUGUUGACGUCUGUCGCCGUCAGUGGCAGCCAACGAGUUAAUUUAUGAAUUGACAAUAAAGCCGUUCCAAAUGUAAGUUUAUGGAUCUGUUAUCUUAGUUCAUACAAACAUAACCCUUUCAUCCAAGAAUUAUACAGUGGCACCAUAAGCGAAUUUUAACUGCUCGUUAACACUUAAUUUCUAAUCAGCCAAUCACAUGG